AGUAAACCGCAUAAUAGUUUUCAGCAAUGAAUCACGAUGCUGGACAGGGUUGAUAUAUUUCAGCUGGGAUCAAUAACAGUAGUGGGCAGUUUGAAAAUUAACAGCUUAGAUUAAUGAUUACUUUCAUGGACUUCGGCUCUGUUUUUUUUUUCUUUAGAGUAAACAAUUCCUUGCCAGAUGGACUGCCAUUAAGUGCAGAAGUGAAACAGAUUCAGCACUUCAGUGCUUAAAAAGUACAGGAAAAUAUCUAAAAGCAGGAUACAGCUAGGACUUAGCCUUCAUAACAAUAAGGAACUAAAUGAAUUUUCAGUGAGAUGUUAGGGUCACGGAAGCACAACCAUAUUAUUGAGACACCGGACACUGGGAAAUGGCAGCUUGCUGGUUACGAAGCCUCUCUCCCACUCACUGAAAAAUCAAACCCUAUCACGAAAGAGAUUGACAAAGCUGACCCAUUGCAGAUUGUCCACCUGCUAAAGCUGUGUGAUGCAGAAAUAUUUCAAGAGGAAGGGGAGACAGUCAUAAAUUACCAGAGACUCUACAGUGAAUCUGUACUCCAGACAUUAAUUGAUGUUGCCAAGAAGAUGGAAGAUAUUUUGAAGGAUCCAGAACACAGUCUGGUUGUCUUAAGUGGUUGUGGAACAUCUGGAAGACUUGCAUAUUUGCUUGUGACCUCAUUCAACAGGUUGUUAAAAGGGUUGCAGAAGAAGCACAACUAUGACUACAUCAUUGCUGGGGGAGACAAAGCCCUUUUGACCUCUCAGGAAGCUCCUGAAGACAACCCUUAUCUGGGAGCUGAGGAACUAGAAAAGGUGUGUGCAGGAAAGAAGCAAGUGCUCUUCAUUGGGAUAUCAUGUGGUUUAUCGGCUCCUUUUAUUGCUGGACAGUUAGAUUUCUGUAUGAACAAUCUAAAUGUCUUCACACCUGUGUUGGUUGGAUUUAAUCCUACGAACAUGGCAAGGAAUGAAAUCAUUGAGGGUUGGCAUCUGACAUUCUACCAGGUAGCUGAGAGGAUGCAGGAGCUGCAGAAGAACUAUAGAGCCUUCAUAUUGAACCCUGCUGUUGGACCUGAAGCCAUCACCGGCUCUUCCCGCAUGAAAGCUGGGAGUGCAACAAAAAUAAUGUUAGAAAUUCUUUUCCUAGCAGCCCACAGAGCUGCUUUUAGCAACAAAGAAAUCACAGCUAAUGGUAUUUUGGAUUGUCUGCAAGCUUAUGAAAGAGUCCAUAAAGUCACUUACUCUCAGAGUAAAAAGAUUUCUGUAUUAGUAAAUCAAGUUGGAGAAAGCUUGCAGAAAGGGGGACAUGUAUAUUACAUUGGUUGGCAAACUUUAGGAGUAAUGGGGAUCAUUGAUGCCAGUGAAUGUCCACCCACUUUUGGAGCAGAUGUUGGUGAUGUUCGUGGAUUUAUCAACAAUGGAUAUAAAGAAAUGGACAACAAAGAAGGGAACAUUGCAUCACUUGGCCCAGAGUUCUGUAUUGCCCAUGAUGAUUUUGUGAGGAACAUUCUGCCGCAUGUUAAUGACAAUGACACAGUUCUUUUCCUUUUUACACUGGAUGAUGACCUCUCUGAAAUUGAUAAGCUGGCGACCCAGAUAAGCGCAAACACCUCAAAUCUUCAUGCAGUUGCCCAUUCAACUGCUGGACACUAUGUUCCUGAGAAUGUUAAAAAAUCAUUUGCAUCCAUUAUAAGCAUCACAUGGCCCAUUGUAUUCUCUGAAUAUGAAGGUUGUUUUGUACAGAAGCUCCAAAGGGAGUUGUGCACAAAGUGGAUUUUAAACAUUAUCAGCACGGGUGGCCACAUCCUAAAAGGAAAGAUUUACUACAAUUACAUGAUGGACCUCAAAGUCAGCAACACCAAACUCUUCAGAAGAGCCCUUGCAAUUCUCCAGAGGGUCACUGGUCAAUCCCGUUUGAGAUGUCAGGAGGCACUUCUUCAAGCAAUCUAUGACACUGAUGAGUUGACAGAUCCCAUAAGAACAUCAGAAGUCACAAAACAUACCCAAAUGGCAAGUACAAAGAACCAAGUGGUGCCCACAGCAGUGGUGAUCCUGGCACGGAAUUGCUCACUUACUGAAGCCAGGUCUAGGCUGGAUGCCCACCCAACGAUGCGAGAGGCAAUUGAAGCAUGUUUGAGAGCAACAGGACGGAAAAGGACCGCCGACCAAAUUGCAGCAGGAAUACAUGGGGAAAACGACUGAGAAUAAACACAGAAGGGUUUCAAGAAGUGCCUUGUCUUGAAAUGGAAGGAAGCACACAAACUAAUUGUGCACGUUUUGAAGAAAAGUAUCUGGAGCGGUUAACAGUAUCACAGCAUAUCACACUUUACAGCAUUACAACAGUAGGGUCCAGAGCUGUCACACAUGUAAAACACAAUUCAGUAUCAGAUCUGCAGGGUACAGAUUUCCCACAUAAUGGAUCUUGUGGUUCUGCAUCGUCCCAAUGUUCACGAAUAUACAGUUUAUACAAGAUUCAUUACUGACAUCUUGUCAUCGUACAAUUUUUUAUGUAUUUGGAUUAUAAGAUCUUGUGGUUUAGUGGCCAUAACUGUUUCAGAUUGGUAUGGUUUUGGAACUGCAAGGGCCUUUUUAAGUAUUUUUUUUUCUCUCUCUCUGUUAUUGAGUUUCUGUUUGUUUAUCUCAGUCCACAUUACAGUUUCUAUAGAAAGUGCCACUAUUUGAAUAAUUUAAAGGACCUCUAGAAUAUGUACAGUAUUUAAUGACAGUGACCCUGGUUUUAGUUUUAAAUCACUUGUUUCAUUAGGAAAAAUACAAUACAUCUGCCGUAGAUUUACGGAAUGCAAUAAGGUCAGGCACAAAUCCAAAGCCGUUAAUCUGAUUCCCCAGUAGGUUCCCUACUAUAGUGCAAUGAUGCUGCUUGUCCUGAGUUGGGAUUUGAUCACCUUUUCUCAGUUGAUCAUUUCCUAGCUCACUAGAGCCACACAGUGGUGAAUAAAGCUACAGUGUGUCACAAGGCCUGACAGUCUUAGGGCUCAAGGCUGAUCACAGAAUCAGUCUUGUGUAUAUAGAUACUGUAAUAACAUUGGAGGUUAGAAGAAGAAAUCAAAUCACAAAUGACAUUAGGUCCAGACAUCUGUAUUCAAGCAAAUUCUGAAAAUUUUAAAAUUAUGCGCUAAUUAUCAUUGGGGAAUACCAGACAUUACAUGAUAUCAAAGCAAUGACCAGGUGGGAAACUUAUAAUUUACCAUAUGACACACAGAAAUUUAUGGCUACAUAUUGAUAUUACAGACAUGCGACUAAGAGUCCUGCCCGUGUCAACACAGAAAAUACAGAACUCUCUCUGAGAUCACAAGUCACAGGUAUAGGGAAAAGAGGGAAAGAUUUAAAGAAAAGAUCCUGCCUGGAAAUAAAUCACUUUCUAAAGAUGUGUUCGACAAGUGAGAACCUAUUUCUCUAUGAAAUACAGAGAAUAAAUAAACAACUUAGGAUUUAUUUAAGGUCAAAGGAUAACACAAAUCAAAAUUUCCACAAACUCAGGUUCAAUUAAAUUUAACAAAGACAAGUCUUAAGGCCUAAGAACCAGUCCUCUCAGUGCUGAGAUUACCUAGACAGAUUCUGGCCUCUUGGUCUUUUGAGUUAGGUUUCUCUCUGCGGUAUCUCUUCUCCUCUGUCUCUCUUCUACUUUCUACUUUCACUGUUUUUUCCUGUCUUUCCUAUUGAUAUUAUAUGAAGGAUGACUUAGUUAUUUACAGUAACUGAGAACUGGCUUAGUAUGAUUAUAGUAUGAUUUAGUAUGAUUUAAACAUAAGCACAAAUGUUUGGCCACCUGGAUCUUUAGCCAUUAUGACUGUCUCAAGUGAGAUAUCAGAUGCAGGGACAGUUUUUAGUAAUUGUUCUUUAAGGCUAGCCAUCAUCUUAUGUUGUUAGAAUGAAGUGUUUAUUGGAAUCGGAAAUGCUUGUUAAUAUUAUUCAGCAUUUCAAUUGUAUUUAUAUGUUAAAUAUACAAUCAAUUCAGUACUGUUUGUCCAUAAUUGUUUCACUUUCAAAUCAGUAAUCAUCUUUUACAGUAUAGCACACAAACUUGUAUUUUCAAUAGAUUUACUGGUGUUUGAAAGCAUAUAGAUAUCCGUUCAAUAUCUGUAUAUAGAUCAGAAAGUAUGAUGGUACACAUAUUAGAAUUAGAAACCUUUAAUUCUGCUGUUCAUAUGGGACAUAUGAAAAAAAUACUACAUGUAUAAUAUUAACAUAUGGGGUAUUGCAUAAGCAAUCAUACAUCAUGAUUUGUCAUUAAUGUUUGGUAUGUGCGUACUGUAUUUUUUUAUGUUACUUUGAUUUAUUUGGUUAUCAGCAUUUUUAAUGGUUGCUGAUCAUAAAUAAUUAUUUAGUAAACAUUUCUUAAUGUCAAUAAAGCAGAGUCUAUUACAAGCAAAAAUGUUAUAUAAUUAAAUUAUGUGAUUAAAGGGAAGGUGUUAGUUGUUUAGUCUUAAUAAAAUAACAUUUACUGAAUAUUAAUAUAUAAAAUUAUAAGAAAAUGAGAGGCUGCCGUUUAACUUCUUGGUCAUUUGAUUUUCAGUUGCUAACAAACCGAUUGAUCUAGGAAUCUCUCAGUACAACAUUAUGCACGGAAAUCCACUUUUAUUGUUCAGGGGGUUUUAAGCAGUUAUUGUACAGUAUAUUACCUACAGUAAAGGGAAAUUUUACCCUCUUUUCACAGCACGCCUGUUAUUGCUGCAAAAGAAGGACUUCAUAAUCAUAUUUUCUGUAUUUCCUUCUAAUUCUUUGAACAUGUAUUAUAGUUGUUGCCUGUCUUUGUCUAAACUAUGAUUGAAAGUGCCACUUGAACCGAAGGACAAAAUCAUACCAGCAUAUGAAUUUUAGCUUGGGUGGUCGGUCACAGUUCUGGCCUUUG